CAGCUGCUGGCCCUGGCCCCGCCCACCGGCCACCAUGCGGCGCUGCCGCUGCGGCUGCGCGGGGCCUCUUCAGUGCUGACGGGACCUCACUCGUGGUAGGUGUACAGCGCCUUGAAGUGUGGCUUCCGUCGUUGGGUUCUUGUUUACAGCGUGUAGUGAGGUGUAGCCAUCAUGUGUCCAUUAUAUCCAGUCCACCUGGUGCUAAUGUAUGGGGCACUGGUGGUAUGUGUGUGGAUGGCUGGCAUAGGUGCUGUGGUGGCCUCUGCCUCAGAGGUGACCCUGCUCAAGGUCCGCCUUCACAUAAAUGACACACCUGUGGAUGCUUUGAACAUACAGGAGGGUCAAGAGAAGAUGGUGACAUUCUACUUAGAUGAUUUCCCUCUACAGGCAGCUGGAGAUAUAUCAAUUAAGGAUGAAAAUAAUGAUCAUCUGAAUCAUUUAGAGAUACAACCAGAGCGAAUCCCUCUUACUUCCCUGAAUAAAGAGGAACCCGAGCCUUAUUCACUCAGUGGUUCCUUCAAUGUGUCAGGCAAUUUCUUAGGUUUCACGAAAGUGAAACUGGUGCUGAGUGAUGGCAAUGACCAGGAGCUGAUGGCCAGUGAGCCCGUCAAGGUUAAGGUCCAGCGUGGCCAGCGAGUGCUGGACAAGAUCUUCAUCCAUGUAGUUAUUCUCAUGGUGAUAGUGGCCUAUAUUAAUAUGGGUUGUGCCAUUGAUCUCAAGGUAAUCAAAGAAACUCUGCAACGCCCUGUGGCCCCAGCCAUUGGUCUGGCCUCUCAGUACCUAUUCAUGCCUUUGGUCUCCUACCUUAUUGGAUAUGGUAUCUUUUAUGACACCCCUGCUAUGUGGCUUGGGCUUUUCUUCACCGGCUGCUCCCCUGGAGGUGGUGGCUCCAACAUUUGGACUUACCUACUAGGAGGCUCCCUUGAUUUGUCUGUGACAAUGACCUUCAUAUCUACAGUGGGAGCUUUUGCUGCCCUACCCAUCUGGGUGUAUUCCCUUGCAAGAACAAUCUUCCAAGAUGGUCACUACACAAGCCUGCCUUACAAGAAUAUUGCCAUGCUAGCCAUUGGGCUGGUGGUGCCUCUAUCAAUUGGGCUUUUCAUCAAGUGGAGGUCUGAACGAGUUGCCUUAGUUCUGAAGCGCCUUUUGAAGCCCUUUUCCAUCAUAUUCAUUGUCUUCAUUAUGACAUUUGGAGUAUAUGCAAACUUAUAUAUUUUUGCAUACCUUGACUGGAAGGUGGCACUGGCUGGCCUGUUGCUUCCUUGGCUUGGUUUUGCGUUUGGGGCCGUGGUGAGUUUGAUGUGCCACCGCAAACUGGAAGAGGUAAUAGCUAUUAGCAUUGAGACUGGCAUCCAGAACACUGGAAUCUCCAUUGGUGUUCUAAAGAUGACACUGGAGGAUUAUGCCCCACUGGGAGACAUUGCAAUGGUCAUUCCUGUUGCUGUAGCAACCAUGACACCUAUACCACUCACUGUGGCCUACAUCAUCAAGCGUGUGCAAGAGUGUCGAGGAAAGGCUGGCAUCAUGAAGGUGGAAGUUCCAUUUGAUGAUAAUGACAACCAUGCUACAUGUACCCUCCAUAAAAACGCAUCUAUCCUUGCCUAGCAUAUAUGGUGGCUGCCAUCUAUCAUAUCCAUCCACCAUUUCCCAUAACUAUUUACAAGUUGGUUGGAAUCAUAUGUACCUGGUUAAUGUACAGCUCUGGAUAUAAAUUAUGUCAUAGACUUCAGAACAUUUAAUCCUUAUAUAUAUAUAUAUAUAUAUAUAUAUAUAUAUAUAUAUAUAUAUAUAUAUAUAUAUAUAUAUAUAUAUAUAUAUAUAUAUAUAUAUAUAUAUAUAUAUGCACAUACAAGGAUUAGACUGACCUUAAAAUGAGAAUGUGAUAUCCAAAUGAUGAUAUCAUGAUCUGGCUUAUAAUAAUACAGGAAAUGCAUCUGUUCUCAGGGAGUUACAUGGUAACCAAUUAGCCCCUGAGCUGCUGGGUUUUUUCCAUAUAAUCAAUUAGCCCCUGAGCUGCUGGGAUUUUCCAUAUUUCCCUCCAAAUGUUGGGAGGAAGAAUUUGACAUUUUGAAAAGAAAAUAACUUUCUUAAUCAUUAAUUGUGCAGCUUUCCAUGCCUAUCACAUUAAAUUAAACAACAAUAGACUCGUAUAUCCUUCAUCUUAAAAAAAAAUAAUAAUAAUAAUUAUUAUUAUUAUUAUUAUUAUUAUUAUUAUUAUUAUUAUUAUUAUUAUUAUUACUAUAAUUAAGUUGGGAGCUGCAACAAUGGCAAAGUGAAGAAGAGGUGCAACUUUUAAUAUAAGAGUACAAUGUGUUCAGACAACUGCCCCAAUAUAGAUCGGGUGGAAGUAGCUUCCCAGGUGCUGUCCAUCCUAAUCUAUUAACACUUGCUUCCCUAACCCAUGUUUCUUAACUCUCUUAACUAAUGGAUAUUAAAGUAAGAUCCAAACUUUCAGUAUUUUUAUAUGACUAGCUAGAAUUUGUUUGCUUUACUACAAACUGAUACAUAAAUUGGAUACUCAAGUUAUCAUUCAAGUAAGCAAGAAUUUGUUUGCUUUACAAACUGAUACAUAAAUUGGAUAUUCAAGUUAUCAUUCAAGUAACAAACUCCAGCAGUAGUACAUCUGGUUCACAAGGUCAGGAUGAGGGGGCACCUUUUUGUAAUACCAUCUAAGAUGCCAAAAUGGCUGAAAAGCCAUUGCAGAGCACUUAUGCAAAAUGGUGACUAAUAUUUAUUAAAGCUCUAAAUACUGUUGCCCCAUACAAAACAGUAUAUUUUUUUUGUGCAUAUAUUGAAAUUAUUAACGAGCAUAAAGAAUAUUCAUUUUACUUUCACUGAUUAAUAACUACUUAAAAGCAACUUUUCUUUUCUCUUUAUUCCCAUCAAAUUAGCUUUAAACUCUUCUAGUUCUGAAGUUUAGAAGUGUUAUGAUGAUAUUCUAUAGAUUCAUUGUAUGAAUGUAAAGGAACUUUAUACUAUCUGGUGUGAACAAAAGUUAAUGAUGUCUAUGACAGCAUUUUAUAUCUAAAGAACAGGAGCUGUAUAUAAAAUACAGAAUCUCAGUUUUAUAUAUAAAACAAAGCAAUUUUAACAUAUUUUCUUGAAAACAAUGUAACGGUUAUAAACUUUUUAUAUGAAUGAACAUUUCUAGUUUUUUAGCUUGAUACUCCCUAUAUAUGUACAUAGAUGAAAUAUUGGGGAUAAAAUGUUUAGCUAUAAUAAAGCAAAAGUAUUAUGUCAGGUGCAAUGGAUCAUUAUGAGUUAUGAAAGUAAAAAUAAAUAACUUACAGUA